UAAAAUAUCUAAAGAUUCCCAUACAUUCACACUCUCAGGUAAGAAAUUGGGAAGGAGGAGGUGGAUGAGACUGAGAGUAAUUUUUAUGUGCCAGUUGGAUUCCGCAGCUUCGACUUCCACGGCAGUGUUUCGCUUCAUUCAUUCACCAUCGUAAUUUACUAUGAUACUACUUGGCAUUGACUGGAGUUGUCCUUUAGUACAAACAAUCGCAAUCUUUGGUGUAUCCGCAUUUGCGUCAUUCAUCUUCCUCAUAAACCUCUACUGCUACCUCACGUGUGGACGUUGCACAUCGAAAGUAAGAAUGGAGGGUAAGACCGUAUUAAUAACUGGAGCAAAUAGUGGCAUUGGCAAGGAGACUGCCCGAGACCUUGCCCGUCGUGGAUGCCGCGUUAUAAUGGCAUGCAGGAACAUGGAUACGGCAAAGACGGCCCAGGAGGAAAUUAUCAAUACAACCGGAAAUAGCAAUGUUAUUCUGAAGAAGCUCGAUUUGAGUUCGUUGCAGUCAGUUCGAGAUUUUGCUGCUGAUAUCGUUAAAACGGAACCCAAAUUGCACGUACUCAUUCACAAUGCCGGUAUGGCGCUGGCAAUUCGUGGGGCCAAAAGUGUCGAUGGCAUUGAAUUAACCAUGGCUACAAAUCACUAUGGACCCUUCCUACUAACCCACCUCCUCAUUGAUCUACUCAAGAAGACACCCAACAGCCGCAUUGUUGUGGUAGCAUCGGAGCUCUACAAAUUGGCUUGUGUAAAUUUGAAUAAUCUCAAUCCAGUGAACACCAAGCCGGCUGCAUACCUGUACUACGUGUCCAAGUAUGCUAACAUCUAUUUCACGCGUGAAUUGGCACGAAGAUUGGAGGGCACAGGUGUCACGGCCAAUUUCCUCCAUCCAGGCAUGAUAGACAGUGGCAUUUGGCGCAAUGUUCCCUUCCCACUCAACUAUCCCAUGAAGCUCAUCACACGUGGAUUCUUCAAAACCACAGAACAAGGUGCUCAGACCACAAUUCACCUUGCAGUCUCCGAAGAGCUGAAUGGCGUAUCGGGAAAAUACUUUAUGGACUGCAAGGAAGCAACACUCAAUAGAGCAGCUCAAGAUAUGGACAAAGCAAGAAAAUUGUGGGAGGAAUCUGCAAAAAUUGUCAAGCUCACCGACAGUGAUCCCAAAAUUUAAAAAAAUUGGAUUGUACUAAACUUUAUACUUCUUUCGGAAUAAAAUGGGUUCUUUUUAAUACC